AUGAGCAUCUUUGCCGCAACCCAGCCCAGACUGAAUCACGACAUACUACUCGUGGUCAUGACGUUCUGCAAAAAACCCACUAUUUCCCGUAUGAUGCGGACGUGCUCUUCCCUCAGUCGCUCUGGAGCGAGACUGCUCCUUAAUGGCACUGUGAACAUCAACGACGCAUACGCUCUCGAGUCCCUCUGUCACUUCCUGCGGGCAGACAGCUUCUCCCGCAUACGCCACCUCCGCGACCUCGAGCUACGCAUCGACGAGAAGUUGCCGCGGCCGAUCGCCCGCCAACUCGUCGAGAUCCUAGGCAGAACGACCCAUCUCGACACGCUCACACUGGCCGAGGCCGAGCCCAUCCUGCAGUCGCACGACCCCGCCAUCGCCACGGCCAUCGCGAGCCUCACCACCCUCCGCACGCUCGUGCUCUCCGGCGCGGAGGAGCUGUCGCGCGACAUGAUGCUCAUGCUGCAGUCCCCGCUCGAGGAGCUCCGGUUCGAGUACGACCCGCACGGCGACGCGCCGUUCGACGAGAUGCUCGAGCCCGACGAGCUGCCGCAAUACCACCCGCUCUUCCUCUGCCAGAAAUUUGCCGCGUCUCUGCGGGACCUCGACUGCCGCUUCGCGUCGCCGCACACCGGCUUCACGUACCCGCAGCUGCCGGUGUACCCCAACCUGCGCUGUCUGACGCUCCAGGACGAUUGGCCGGUCCUGCGGCCCUGGAUUGCGUCGUGCCCGAACCUCACGGUGCUCUCCAGCACCACGCACCAUGAGGCAUGGGUCGCGGAAGAUGAGGACGACGACGAGGAUAUCAACCCCGAGUGGCAGGAGCUGCGUCAGCGCAACCUGGACGACCAGGGCGCACACGGCACUUGGACGCACCUCGAGGAUUACUCAGGGAACGUCGUCCCCCUGUAUAUCCUGGGACUCACCUGCCGCAUCCCUAACAUCACCAUCGAUGAGGACGUCAAGAGCUAUCAUGUGACCAUGCUCAGUACGAUUCUAGCCGAGGCAAAGCCCAAAUACCUCAGCCUGCGCAUGACGGGGCCUCUCCAUGACUUUAGGGACAGUACCGCUGCCUUAUUGACGCUCGAAGGGUGCUCCGAGCUGGAAACGCUAGACCUGUCCUUAGAUCUUCAUCGAUGGGAAACCUUCGACUUUCAGGAACUAUCGGUGCCCUUGCUCGAGGCUCUUCCCCGUCUCCCUGCUCUCAACCUUCUGGACCUCGACUUCCGCGGCCCACAACAAAGAAUGCCGCAAGUUGGACAGGGUACUACUCAAGAGUCCCCUACCGACGAGGAUGUCGAUCUCGUUGAUUUUGGGAGGCGAGCUAUCAAUAUAGCCUCUGUCCUCGCGAGAGUGGAGGUCCGCGUAUGGUACUCUGAGCCUGGGCGCAAGAGGCGCUUCGUGCGGGUCACGAAGAGAGGGGAUGACAUUACCGUGAUCAGUAAGUGA